AUGUCAAUCCCAUAUGGUGGGGCCAGCAAGCUAAUAGAGAACCCCAGGUAUUUAACUAGUAUUAUUCUCUGUGCAAAUAUCUACAGCGCUAGACUCCACUUCAAAGGGGAAGUUACACUGAAAUUUGCUUGAUUGUCUUUCUCCUUCCCAUUGUUCACCCUGUCCAAAUGUCGAUGCUGUCAUGGUGAUGAGUUACAGUGUUGUCAACUAUAUUUAGCGAGUUUUCAGACCCCUCUAGCGACACAUUUUCAAAAAAGCGACUGGACUAGCGACAAAACUAGCGACUUUUUCUGGUGUUAUUGGAGACUGACGUGAAAGCAUGUAUCGUUCUUACUCUUCUCAACAAACAGCGGAUGCUGCCGUGGGCCCCACUCCCGUCCCAAAGCACUCCCCACCCCCUCCCCAGUGAUAGUAUGUUCCAAUCUAAUUACAAAUAUCUCCUUCUCGUCAUAUGCUGCAGUCAUUUUCUGUAUCCUUGUAAACUCUGGAAGUCUGGAGAUGGUCAUGACAAUGCAUUAACAAAUGGGGAUGGCAAGUAUGAGCUCGUCAGUUGCCAAUGACCUAAUUGUAGAAGAGAUCAAGAAUCUCAUGUCAAGAAGUAAGUGCAGCAUAAUCUUUCUUAGUAUGAUUAAAUCAGGCAGUAAUACACAAUUAAUUGGUAUAUACUGCCUGACACUAAUGGCUUCAAAAUCGUGUAAAUGUUCCUUACAAGCCAGAAUGUUGAAUAAAAUUACAUUUAAACACACUCUACCGAUUGUCUGUGCGGUUUGUACUUCAGCUGCUCGAAAUUUGAGAAAAAAUAUCCACAGGAAAGUAUUGUUUACCCGACUUUUUAGAGAGCCAGUAGGUAUAUGGUCCGGCACCGAGGUGGAGUUAAUUUUAUAUUGGAUAUUCAGUUCUCUCGUAAAUAACUAUUGAACCAAGCAUGCCAUGCCAAUGAAAAUUGUAUAUUCUGAAUAACGGAAGAAUGGAGAACAAUCAACAUGGUCUUUUUUUGUCCUCAUUCUUUUAUUUGUUGAUUGAAAUCGGAAUAAAUAAAUAAAAACACACACAAAAAAGUGCUGAUUGUUCUCCAACCUCCCCCGGUUCAGAAUAUACUAGGGCUGGGCGAUAUGGCCGAAAUAUCAUAUCACAGUAUUUAUUUUAAAAAAGAUGGUAUUCGAUGAUAUAUAUAAAAUAAUAAAAUUUUAAAAAAGUGCUUUAUGAGUAAUGUGUGACCCUAGGGUGGCAACACAUACAUUCUAAGUGAUUUCAAUGGGUUUUUCUCCAUUCUGAUUGUUUUAUACUGUUCUGUUCAAUUCAACCCAAAACUAUUUUCAGCAUUUUCAUAAGUUUCUGCAUUUCCUCCACUCAUUUGAAAUCAUUUCCACACUGCCAUGUAGGGCUGCACGAUAUGGGCAAACUAUCUAGGCAUUCUUUUUAAUCAAAUGCUGCAAUUGCGAUAUGACUUGUGAACUGUUGGAAUCAUGGAAAUAUAAUGAUUAUUCUAAUUCUAUAGUUAGAAUAUAAUAGUUGGCACUUUGAACACAGUGUUUGACAUGACAAUGAAUGAAAAUGCCAGGGAGGAGUUAUUGUGACAGGGUAGGAACCAAAGUGUUGAUAAGUGUUUCCUAGGGGACCCUAUAAUCUUUGGCUACAUUUAAAUGUUUUGUCUUAGCUACUUCAUGUAGCCAACAUAUUCAUGCUUCGCUUAUUCCUCUUUGAUUUAGAAGAUACUGUUGCACAUACAACAUGCUGAUUUAGGUCUACACACUGGUAUUAUCAGGCUGUAUAGCUAGUUAUGUUUGCUCUGACUCAGUACAUUUAUUAGCUAGCUAAUAGCUUACCUACACACUGAAGAAGGCUGCAAAGCCGAAACAUCUGUGUAUCCCUGAUGCAGUGAAAAUAAAAUAAAAAUAGAAAAAUGAAGUAAGCUUUAUGCGAUAUCUUUGAGUGCGGACCCAUUACAGCUUUUGUCUGAAUUUGCGGGUUUUACGCACCAGCCAAGCUUCUGGGAGAGCGCGAUAGUCCCCUUUUGAUUAGCAUUAGCGGCUAACACGAUUUAGGCCCAAAUUGCUAAGAAAAGACAAACUAGCUGUUUGCAAAUGUAAGAAACACAAACUAAUAGUGUGAUUUAUAGAACACUAGUGGAUUUAUAUUAAGAAGCAAAGUGAAAACAGCAUCGUUGUCAUCAACAUUGUUGUUUGUGCUGCAUUGACCAUGCAGACUAAACGCAAGCGUCUAGUGGUCAAGCAACAACAAAUGCACUCCUUGAGUGACAGGGGGUGGGGCUAGGUCUGUGUGGAAAGCAGCAUGGAGAGAGAGCAGAGAGAUGACUGAAGUAGCAGAGUAAGCUAUAAAAAUGGACGUUACACAUGGCGUUUUACAUUUAACAAACCAAACAUUCAAAUACCGUUAUAGAAAGCGAAGUAAAAACCCAAACCAGUAUCGUAAAAUACGGUAUACCGCCCAGCCCUAGAAUAUACCAUUUUCAUUGUCAUGGCAUGCUUGGUUCAAUAGCUAUUGACGAGAGAAAACUGAAUAUCCAAUAUAAAACUAACUUUACCUCAUUGCCUUACCGAACUAUAAACCUACAGGCUCUCUAAAAGGUCAGGUAAAUAAUACUUUCCUGUGGAUAUUUUGUAUCAAAUUUCGAGCAGCUGAAGGACAAACCGCACAGACAACCGGUAGAGUAAGUUUAAUAAAAUUACAUUUAACAUUAACAUUCUGACAAAAGGAACAUUUACACGAUUUUAAAGGCAUUAGUGUCAGGACGCAUAUACAGUGGGGAGAACAAGUAUUUGAUACACUGCCAAUUUUGCAGGUUUUCCUACUUACAAAGCAUGUAGAGGUCUGUAAUUUUUAUCAUAGGUACACUUCAACUGUGAGAGAAAAUCCAGAAAAUCACAUUGUAUGAUUUUUAAGUAAUUAAUUUGCAUUUUAUUGCAAGACAUAAGUAUGUUUCUUUUACUUUAAAUAUUCAGAUAUCCACCGAGUCACAAAGGAGCUGGAAGGUAUUCAGAGCAUUUCAAUUACUAGGCUAAUAAAGUCUUUAUAAAUUCCAUCAGAUUUAAUCUGACAAUUCUGUAAUGGUCAUUAUACCUGUCAUGGUUUUCAGUCAUAUGUUUCUGUGCUUUUUUCAGCCGGACAAGAAAUUAAGUCAAAGAUAUUGGUAAGACCUCACUGGAGUCAGUUUAAAAAGUGUAGCCUACUCUGUAGCUCAAUUGGUAGAGCAUGGCAUUUGUAACGCCAGGGUUGUGGGUUCGGUUCCCACGGGGGGCCAGUAUGAAAAGAUUUAUGCACUCACUAACUGUAAGUUGCUCUGGAGUGUCUGCUAAAUGACUAAAAUGUAAAUGUGUUAAUGUUUGUUUUGUGUCUUAGCGGAUUAGGUCAUAAAAGCAACAGAAGACUGUGCCUUGCAAAACAUGAACUUCAUGAAUGUGAUCUUCGCUGCCCAGAAGCAGGUAAAAUUCUUUCUCAGCUUUGGCUUCCUUUUAGCAUGUUUUCUAUUCUUCCGCUGGCAUAUGUUUAAUAAAGAAACUGUGCUUCUAUUUUGUCUUGUUACAGAACAUCCUAAUAUAUGCCUGUGUGUUGGACUCUGACUCGGGUCUCCAACAGGUAAGUUUUGAUUGCUUUAUGUCACAUAGAUGAGCACAAACAGUUUUAGAAGGUUCACCAUUUGCUACUGUAUUUGUCUCAACAUGCCUGUGACAUAACUGGAGGAUUGUACUUGAAAAUACCACAGAAGAUUGCCUUGGCACAAUAUCUUCUGGUGAGGAUUAUAAAAAAAUAAAGAAGAUAAAGAUUGAUUCACUUUUAUCUUUUAUAUUUUUUUUGUGUGAUGUUGGUUACAUUCAGUCUUUUCCGUGUAGUGGGUAUUCUUGCCAGACUCUGACUAACGCUCCCAACUGGUGCUGCCACCUCCUGUCCAUGUGGAUUACCAAGCAGUAUGUUUUUGCCACAGAAACCUAAUUGAGAUUGGUUAUGUCUGCUCAGUGUGUUUGUCAAGUGAGUUAUAUUUUGUUUUCUCAUUGUAUAAAUGUGGUGAAAAUGUGCAGUUUUAUUCAUUUUAAGUCAUAAUGACCCUUUUCUCUUAACGUAUUCUGCAACUUCAGUCCCAUCUGCACAACUUGCGAGUGAGUACUAAAUACCUUUACUCUUGUUGUAAUAUAGACAUUGGGGGAAGUAGGAACAAGUGGGUCUUGCGCACAUUUGUUUAGUCAUCUUUAAAUUCCUUUAACUUGUAGGACUGCCUUCAAAGUUCCAUUACCCCAGAUGGUCAAGUCAAAGAAGAAGAAACUCAAGCCAUCAACGUGA